CAUUUCGCCGUGUUCAAUCGCAUUUAUCAGACCUGCUUGAUGCUUACGCGAUAUAAGCUAACUUGCAUUUUACAGAGUACAAAGUUUCUAGAAGUUUUACCGCGGUAACUUACUGUUUCUCUUCCAAAAUCAAUGUGCGCGCUUGGAUUGUGGAAACGUUAGAUUAUAUUUAUCAAUAUUCGCAGACUGGGAACACACGAUGUAGGCGAGUGCCGUUGUGCUGAAUAUAUGAGUGGUGUGAUUACAGGAAGCUGGUUCUAGUUGGAGUGUUUCGGAUUUUAUCAGCAACAGACGACAAAAUGGUUACGGGAGAAAUGUUGACUUUAACUUUGUCCGGCGGUGCCCCGUGGGGCUUCCGGUUACAGGGUGGGGGAAGCUUUCCUCUUGAAGUUGCAAAGGUUCGCAGAAACAGUCAUUCCCACCAAGCAGGUUUGAAAGAAGGUGAUGUUGUUGUGAGCCUUAAUGGGCACUCAUUGGCUGGCAAAUCUCACCAAUCUGCUAUGGAAAUCGUUGAUAUGGCUACUCAUACCAUUACGUUUCAAGUGAGAAGACCUUCAGGUUCACACGGACGAUCUAUGUCUAUGGAACCACAACAGCGAAACCUUUAUGUUGGACAUGACAAUGUCGCUCCGGGAAUGGCUACUUCCUCUCGUGGGUAUUAUACCACGAAUGAAGGAAACCGACAAACAGUUGUUCACUCCGAUCAAUACACUUUGCGGAAUCCUGAUGGUCGCACAGUGUCUAACAUUGUCACUGAACAAAGAACAACAACUCGUUAUGGGGGUGGUAGUGGCGGAAUGUCGCCGGCUGUAAGUCAUUCAAGUCUUGGCUCCACAGAACACAAGAGCCGAUCGCCCAACAGGUCACCUCUCAUAUGGCAACCACCGUCUCAGAACCGAGCAAAUAUCCAAAAGAGUCAAAGCUUAUUAGAUAUAUCAUUUGGUCAUAAAAAGACUUCACUAUCGCCAGUGAUGUGGCAACCUCGUAGUGUUUCUCCAACACCUGGCUCACAUGGUCGUCCGGCAUCCGUUCAAUCAGGAAGUCUGGACAGAGUUUCCACACGCAGAAGUUCCCAUGACUCUAGAGCUAGUAAAGAAAACAUGGACCCUUUCAUAUUAAGAGAACAAAAGAAAUGGGAAGCCACCCAUGUUACCGAGCCUAAGUAUGAUCCCUAUAACAUUAAUAGAGCUGGAGGCAUGAAAUAUGCCCCGCCUAAAAUGGACGACCCUAAUUACCCUAUGUUUGAACUGCCAAGAAAGGUAGAAUGGACUCCACCGAAGAUAAAUGUACAGCCAGAACCUAUUCCAUCACCAAUAAAAAAGAAAGGUCCACCUGUGCCAGCUAAGCCUAUGACACCAUCAUCGCCAGUUAUUCACUUUGAUCCCUCGGAACGGCCUGUUGCCGGUGUAAGUAGCCAUCGUCCAGGUAUGAUUAGACCCCCGGCACAGCCUAACUUAAUGCCAGCACCACCACCGCCACCACUCCCCCCAUCACCGUCCGAGAAUCCGAGGUUUAAUGUUGUCUCGAUACAGUCUAAGCUGGAGUCUACCCAGCCGGGUUAUGACGAGCCGGAUCCCGCCCAGCGGCCGGGACAUCUGCACGUGUUUCAACCGAAAGUUAUGUUUACACCGGACGAGGAUAGCGGAAUGGCCUCCCCUGACUUUCUAGAUGGGCAUAGUGAUAUAUCUGCUCAUAGAAAGAAGCUAUUUUCGGACUCGGCGUUCUAUGACGAUGCUACGAACAGGUAUCCGACCAUAGACGAGCAGAUGUCAAUGUGUAAGAAGAUCGCGCAAUCGCUGACAUCGUUUGCCAAUAAUCGAGCGAGAGGAGCGCGCAUGUUUGCUAAGCGAAAACGCAAAGCAAACAAGUGGAUUCAUGAACGGGGGUUUGGUAGUGAAUUUUCGUCUUCGACUGGGGAUGUGGCGGAUUUAAACGAUCUUGAUAGUGAACUUUACUACGACGAAGGAGGAAAUAAACCUUUGUUUACUUUUAGAAUUCCAAAGGUUGCAAGCCAGGUGAGUGACGGUCAAAGAAUGAGUUUGUCAAAGCAGGAAUUUGAGCGGCUGAGGCUUCAGGCCCCAAAGGUGGACCACCAUGGCGUUUCACCAAACACGUGCUUUAAUAUUGCAGCCGAUUUGCAUAAAGGCGGGAAAAAUAGGGGCGCGAAAUUAUUCCAGAAACGGCAACAGAGAGUAGAAAAGUUUGUUAUUGAUGAUACUAAUGUGUUGAGGUCACCGACUUCAACAAAAUUGGACUUUAUUGUUCAAAACCCACCGCAACCGUCACCGGAAAAGUCUCCUUGGAACGCGGCUGCACAGGGUGAUAUGAACAGAGCGUUUUCGCCACAUCAAUAUAACCAGAUGACACUUGGUCCCAGACAUAACCUCGAAGCCGAUAAUCAACCAAAGUUGAUUGGCGGGAAGAAUUUCAACAAGAAAGCACAGGGAUGGCAAGGGUUCGGUCCAGGUGUUCAACAGCAAUCAUAUUAUAGAGAGUCAUAUGAUCCGUCAACUGGCACAAGUCAUAGUGAGUGGCAUCAACAGCAGACCUCUACCCAAACUUCUACCCAGUCUUUCACGCCAGAAACUCCGCCGUCCAGACAGUCUGACCAAUAUGGCAAUUAUAAUCGUCUGAUUAAAGCCUUCCCCGAACAGGAGAAACCUGAAAGGAAACCCGUGGAGCAAGGGGAUUAUAACCGUAGGAUUAGGGCGUGGCCAGAGCAACAGGACACUCCUCCCGAGAGAACCGUCGAGUUUGGUGACUAUAAUCGUAAAAUAAAGGCGUGGCCAGAGUCUGGACAAUCAACUUUACCGAAACAAUCCUCUCAGCAGACGAACAUUAGUGUUCAGUCCAGUUACUAUAGUCUUCCGCGCGGUUUUAAAGCUGGCGGUUCUAAUCCUAAACAUGUUGUUCAGCAACGUCAUCAGCAAAUACGACAAGUUUAUAAUCAACAAGAACAGUUGCCUGGGUGUGAUUUAUGACAUGUGUAGCUGUAAUGUUUAGCUGGACGUAUGGUUACAUGUUUUCACUUUUAUAUAACAAAAUUAAUCUCAAAACCAAUUUUCUUUUAAAUAAGACGUGCUUCUGAAACGUCCGGGUAAUGACCUAUUUUAUCGACAAUGCUCAGUCAUUAUUUCUGAAAAUCGGUGAACAAAGAAAUAUUGUAACAAUAAUAUUGGAGGUUUGAAAGUAAAAAGCUUUUCCCAUGAAUUUUCCUCAUCGCAGUAUAUCAGAAACUCCGCGACACGUUCUCCUACAUUCCACACACAACUUAGAAUUCUCGACGUAGCGAAAACGUGAUAGCAGUUCGUACCUGGAAAAUAUAUCACCUGAUCUUCUGUCGAGCUAGUGCAGCUCUGUUUGCCAAGGACAUUGUGUAGGUGUUUUUUUCCUUUGUAUCUUACCGUACUCAUCCAUUUAACAGCACCUACUAUUGUUUGCGGUAUUGUCAUGUUUUCUUG